AUGGAACUGGUCAUUUUUUUUAUACGUGAACUUGUUAAAGAUGUUAAUACAGCUCCAUCCUACUCGUUACUUUUCGAUGAAACUACUAUUGUUGGAGUACGAAAACAAUUGGACUUACAUAUUCGAUAUUGGAGUGAAUCCAAGCAGUGUGUUGUUACACGUUAUUGGAAAAGUAUUAUGCUUGGGCAUGCAACAGCAGACAUCAUUAGUCGCCAUAUACUCGAUUCAUUAAAGUCCGAUGGAAUCGAUUUGUGUAAACUUCUUCAAUUGGGUCGUGAUAAUCCCAAUGUUAAUAAAGCGGUUGAAACUAUGAUUGACAAAGAAUUACGAUCUGAACGAGAGCAAAAAACUGGAUGUGCACCAUCUAAUGGAUUGGUUUCUAUCGGACCUUGUCCACUUCAUGUCAUUCACAAUGCGUUCAAACAUAGUUUUACACGAAAUGAGUGGCAAGUUGAAGAUAUUCUAUAUGAAUUUUGGUUUUUCUUUUCUAGAUCAUCGGCCCGUCGUGAAGAUUAUUUAAGUGUAGCUGAAUCUAUUGGUGAUAGCAUUGGUCGAUUCAUGAAACGCUUUGUUAUUACACGGUGGAUAGAAGUCGGUCCAGUUAUCGAACGAGUUAUUGAUCAAUGGUCAAUUCUUAAAGAAUACUUUCUUGUUUAUUUACCAAAAAUUGAUAAAAAUAUUAUUAAUACUGAUAGAUGGCAAAGAAUUAAGAAUCAUCUCGACCAACAGCAAACAUUUGUUCGUUUUCAAUUCUUUCUUUAUCUGUAUCGACAUAUAUUCUCGAAAACUUUAACAUGGCUUCAGCAACACGAACCGUUAGUCCAUAUGUUAUUCGAAGAAUGCAGUGAUUUAUUUCGUAAUGUAUUGAUUAGUUUCAUUAAAGAUGAUUUAAUAAUAAAUAAAACUGUAAAACAAUUAUUUUCGAUUACACUUGAUUCUCAAGCCAAUCAAAAACCAGAUUCAAAACUCGAAACUGGUGAAACUACACGAAACGAACUUAAAGAAAUGUCAACUAAUGACAAAGUCACGUUUUUCAAAGAUGCUCGUCUCAUUUAUUUAACCAUAGCUGUAAGUAUUCAUCAAUAA